GAGGAACAGUUUUGAUGAUGGUGAACUUUUUUCCAAACCGCGAACACUUACAGCAGUGACGGAGAAAUUUUCUGUCAAUAUUUACGCCAGUUUGUCGCGCUCGAAAGUGGCCAAAGUGCGUCGCAAAGUGUAGCCCGGGACGUUACGCGCCGGAAGCAAAUGGAUUCGAGCGGUUCCGUGCGCGAUUCGGUGGUGAAAAAGUGAACUUUCUUUCAUGUCGAGUGGCCCCUUUCCGUAGUCGAGCAGAGUUGAUUGGGACUCUGUUGGUUUGUUGGUUGGUUGGUUGGGAGUUUGACAGACGGCAGUACAGUAGGCUGCGCCAGACGCCAUUUUAGAAUUUUUAUUUUGCCUUCAAGUGAGCGAGCGGGCAGUAUUUUGCCUAGAGUGAAGAAGUGAAAAUAUAUAUUAUUUGGUGCGGGCAGGUUUUGGAAUUCUGGCGAGCGGGGGUGUUAUGUAAAUUGGGAUUCGGUGAAGUGAGUGAAAUUUUCGGGAAAUGGGCAGUGAAGGAGAUCCAUUUGGCGGUUUUGCGUUGGAAGUGCAGUGGAGGGAACAGUAGUGACUGGCAAGGUGAAAAGUGCUGAUUGAGAACAAUUUUCCAAUCGAAUAAUCGGUUCAUUACCGGUGAGUGUGUGUGUGUGUGCGUGUGGAGCAAAAGCAAUCACACAGUGAAGAAGUGACUCGAAUCGAACAGUAGGCGAUGACGACGGUAAAGAGCACACCGCCGGUGGAUCCGAAGCCACCCGGCAAAUCGCCACUGUCGUCCUCGUCAUCUUCGUCCUCAUCGUCGGAUUCGGACGAUGGGUCGGACACGUCAUCGGAUUCCGACUCGUCUUCGGUGGCGUCGACGAGCAAAACCAGCAGCAAGCAGAGCAGCGACAAGAAGGACCCGCAGCAGCAACAGCAACAACAGCAGCAGCAGUUCAGCGUUAUGAGCUCGGACAGCGCCGGUUUGCGAAUGAAAAUUGCAAUCCCCCGCAGCAAUCAAUCGAACUCGACAGCGACACCGUCUCCAUCUGGUGGCCGGCCAAGUUCUUCCGCCAGUGAUGUAUUGAACCGCGUCGCAUCGGCCAGCGUUACAACCCCCGGUACCGUUUCGGGAAGUCCGGUGCCUGUGGCAACCCCUGCGAGUGAGAGCGGCAAAUCCAGCCAACAGGUGGAGACACCGUCGCCGUCGAAGGGCAAGGACCGGAAGGCCAGCAAGAGCGAAUCCAGUUCGGAGACGUCGUCGUAUUUCUCGAACCUGAGCGAUACCGACACCGAUAGCAGCAGUUCGGAUAACCACAACAGCGGUGGUAAGCGCGGUAACAGCUCUUCGGGAAGUGGCCAGAAGAAGCAGAAGUUCAUCAAGCGGAAGAAGAACAACCGAAGCGUGUCGACUAGCACGAGUAGCGAUGGAAGCAACGAGUCGAGCGAUUCAGAUUCCAGCAGUGAUGACAACGCGGACGACAGCAAGGAUCAAAGCCAGGAGUCACGGAUACCUGUCGGGAGCGCUUCAACGCCGUUGUCUACUUCAACACCGGCGAAAUCACCUCCGUCGGCGUCUACGCCGGUUCCGACGGUGCCACCAUCCAGGGUGAACCCAGAUGCGGACGUGGGUUCGUCCUCUGAUAACGAACUUCCGGCCUUGGUCAAUGCAGCAAUCAUGCGCGUCGCCGAGAGUGGAUCGGACAACGAUAGCGUACGUGGAACGCCAUCGGCCAUUCCGCAGUACACUUCCAGUCUGCUACAGGAGUUCGUUGCCCGUACGGCAAUGCUCGGAAGCGUUGGAAGCUCAUCGGAGGGGGGAGCAACGACCAAUCAGUCAAAUGCUCACCACAAAAUUAAGACUGAAUCUCCGCUGCCAAGCGCUGGCGCUAAUACGGCGGCAUCCGGUAGCAGUACCGUCAACGGCGUACCUUCAAAAGCGGCAGUUAUAAUGCCGAUCAAACGACGAGGUCGUCCACCUAAAGCUGCUGUGAACCCAGUUGCCGCCGCAGCAGCUACAACGUCAACGGCAAAGGCAAAUACUCCAACAGUUAGUGAAUCUCCAGACUCGGGAAUCCUGUCUACGCAUAGCUCAACUGGCUCGCCUAAAACGGAGAAGAAAGCUUUGACGUCUAUGAUUCAGAAGAAGCGACCUGAGCCCGAGCCAAGUAGCAGCGGGACGAGUAGUAAACCUCCACCCUCGGCACCACUCACCAAGUACACCCUCUCAAGCCUGGAUCGCAAUACGUAUGCUACGGAGAGGGUACUGUAUCCACCGAGGGGCAAAAAGAAGGCUGGGCGACCUCCGAAAGAUAAGCAACCUCAGGCAGUUCAACCACCGCCGCCCGUCGAAGACAAUCUCGAUCCACUGUGGAAGAAGAUCGACAUCAGCAAAAAGUUCCACGAGCCUCGACUGAGUGGCUACAAAAGCGACGGUGGACAUUCGACCAUCUGCUGCAGCAAAAGGCUUGCCUCCCAAAGCGGCUACAUCAGUGACUACGGCGGAGGAAGCAGUCAUCGAAGAAACCGCCUCUCCGGGUACAAAUCCGACUGCAGCACAAAAUCCCGGAAGAGCUGCGGCUACAAGAGUGAUUACAGUGUUAAAGCGAAGAGCUGCGGAUACCGCAGUGACUGCAGUACGAGGCAUCGAAAGCAAGUUCGACGGAAACGGCGAAAGAAGCUGGCUCCGAACAACAACAACCUGAACAACAAGAACUUCAACCAGAGUAGUAAAUCUUCGAGCGUUAGCGAACAGGACAUCCUACAACUGGCGGGGCUAACCCUUGGCAGCACAAGCGAGGAAAGCAGCAGUAGUCAGGAGUCGCUAUCGUCGAUCAACACCACAACCCCUUUUAGCAAGGCCUUACGAAUAUCUCAGGACACGCUUACCGCCAGCAAAAGCACCAUUCCAUCACUCCUCACCCCAAAGAACCGUGUCAACGCACUCCUCCCCAUCAACAACUUCCGAGGGAUAUUCUCGUCCAUCAGCAAGUUCGGCAAUCUCGACACGUUCGGUUCCAGCAUUGGCCCGAAGAACACCUUCGCUACCUUCUUGAGAAACAAUCGUAACAAAGACGGUAAAGACAACGGUAAGGUCACGGUCAAAAAGCUUCCACUCUCCAAAGCGAACGUUAUCAAAAACUCCGAAGAGUGCAGCAAGCGGUUCCAGCGAUCCACCAGCCAAGAUCUCCUCACCAGAAUUACGAACGCAGAUAUCCCGAAACCUUCGCCAGCUAAAUCCGUCUGUUCGAAGCGCAGCCGACGGAAGAGCUGCCACAGCGAUAAGUUGGAUAGUGUCUCGGUGAAGAGUUGCGGAACGAUUCGGCAACGACGACUCAGUACGAUGAGUCGUUGCAGCAGUCGGUCAGCCGGCUCGAGGCAUCCCUGGAAGAAGAAAAAACGGAAGAGGUUGCGGUCGAAUUCCGUUGCAGGGAAGUCGUCGGCAGACAUCAAGAUUGGUGUGGAGAUCGAGCGGUUGAGCGAAUCGUUCGGAAGUCAAUGUCGAAUCAAUGUGAAGGACGGAGUGCUGGGGAUCGGAGCGGCUGCUUUAGCGGGAGCUGCUGCGAAGAAUCAGCAAAAGGGAAGGUCGAUGAAGAAACGAAAGGCUUCGGAGCAUGUGGAGUCACCUUCAACGACUGCGGCCGGCACAAAGCGAAGGAACAAGAAAUCAGUUCCCACGCAAAGUCCCGAUGAUCACAAACUGCCGCUGAAGAAGCGUCACUACUUGCUGAGUGAACAGACGGCGAAGGGAAAUGAUAGCGGAGCAGAACGGGAGGACACUAGAAGCCACACGGUGGUCAAUCCUUGCGCCACAAUCGGUGGUCGAGUGGCGAUAGCCGCUGCUGCUGCCACAGCGUCGACUUUAACACAUGUAAGAGAUCCAACGAAGGCAGUGACGCCUAAGAAGCGACAUCUGCUGAAGUCUCCAGAACCCGUAGUGCCGGAAGAGAUAGUUCAAAUCAAGUCCAGCGAUUCACCGUUGACGGUCGAUCCAAAGACUGCGGAGGGUGCGGCAACAGAGGCUACCGUUGGCAACAAAAAGCACGACGCCAUCACCCGCAAGAAAAACCGCUUGGAAGGAUUGGUAUCGAAGAUCCAACCUACCGCAACGGUAACAGCAAUACUGGCAGACAACAACAUUCUAGCUGCGGCAAGUCAUCGUGCAACGCCACCCUCCCGUCCAUCUGUGAUCCACUCAUCAACUUCCGUACCGGCAACGACCGCUUCUUCCGCGGCUUCGUCUUCCAAUGCAAAUGCACCUCCACCGGGAGUUUUCGAACCGACAGUUGACCUUGAGCUUUCGAUUCCCGCUUCCAUUCCGUCGCUGAUCGCCAAGGUCGAACUGUUGGAUUCGCCUCGUCUCAAAGAUAACAUCGCCAAAACGGAAGGUGAAGACACCGGAAAGAAAAACUCCGAGAAGGUCAUCGAGAAGCUGCUCACCAAGACUGGAGCACAUCUGCUGUUGAAGAAGAAACGGAAGAAGCCCAACCGAACUGGGUUUCCAACUGUCAAGCGGAAGAAGAAGCGCUUCGUGGAGGACAAACCCGCUGAGGAGGAAAACAAACCUGAGGUGGGUCCGGAGUUGUUUGAUUCGUCUAAUCUGACGAAGCACGUGCCGUCGGAAGCAGAGAAAGCCACAACGAAGCCUGGUUCGCAGAAGGAAACAGCAAAGAACUGCGAUCGAGUACCGAAAGAGGGUGAACCGACGGAUAGUUUUAUCGAACGGAACACCAGGCCACGCCUGUCGGUGGUUAGUUUGGAACGUCUUCAAGGUAAGAUUCCGAUGAGCGGUAGGGAGGUGGUCAGUCCAACAACUCCUCCGGCAACUGGAGCUGGCAGGGGGAGAAAAUCGGCGGCUGUUGCUACAACUGUGACGCCUGCCGUAGCGGAAGUGCCUCCUGCUCCGUCAACGUCGACGACGACUACGUUACCGACGGAGCGCAGACAAUUGCGUGAGAAAUCCAAGGACAAGUCGGAGCCUGAAAAGAAGGAGGAGCCAAAGUCGAAAGAGGAGCCCAAAGCAAAGGAGAAGAAGCUUCGACAAGAACCGAUUCCUCAGGUGAAGAUCAGCAGAAAAGAGGUUAUGGAAAAAAUAGUUAAGAGUAAGGAGAAACCGCCAGAACCGAUACUGCCACCGGACGUUCCCAAGCAAGCAGAAAAACCAACCAAGAAUCUUUUGGAAAAGGAAAACAAAAAGCAAGUGGUUCCUCCGGUUAAGAAGAGCAAGCCUCCCGUAGAGGAAGUUCCUCUGCCAAUACCUAUACCGAUACCGACGCCUGCUCUUCCAAUUCGUCGAACUCGUAGCAACUCCAUUGCGCUUGAUCCUUCCGAGCUUCUCAAGAAAACUGUCUCGCAAGAGAAGGAAAUCGUACUAAAGAACGCCGUCAUCAAGCUACAACCAUGCACGAUCAGCAACGAAGAUUCUGAUUCGCUGGAUUCGAUGCCAUUGCUGAAACGGCUGCACUCCCGAUCCUUAUCGCGUCAGCAGCAAUCUGCUACUCCUGAAACUGCACCCAUUACAUCCCCCAAGACUCCAACUCGACCAAGAGGUCGUCCACGAACGGCAUCGCCAACGCCUGCCACCGAGACUCCCCCGAUCCCGGUGACUCCCACACUCUCGGAACAGCUGAGUAAACUGCGUCGAUCGCGGAUGAGUGUUGUCGAUACUACGAAGCGUCCUCCGGAGCCGGAGCUUCCUGAAACUCCCCGGGCUAAGGAAACUCGUUCGGCAGCGGCAAGAAAGUCCUUCUCGAAGGAAACUCCCGUUGUUGAACAGCCAACUCCGAUCCAUCAGUAUGACAUUCCACCGGUCAAGAUCAUCAUUUCGAAAAAAGAUCAGAAGGCCGUGGCAACAGCGGUGGCAGUUGAGAGAAAGCUGUCAAAGGAGAAGAGUCCCGUACCGUUGUUCAUCGAAGAAAUGUCCAAGGAUAGACCCAAGUGUCGCAGUUCCAGCAGAAUUGAUGCAGUGGUUGACAAAAUCCGUAAAGAACAGCAGAAGACUGCAGGAUCGGUUGAAACUCUCGCAGCAACGAUUCCCAUACCUCCUCCACCGACGAAAAUGAAGCGCGGGAAGAGUGACGAGUUGAAGGUGGAGCUGGAGAAGCCAGCCAAGAAGCAGAAGAAACUGGAUGCAUUGUCGAUUGCCCAGGAAGUGGUUGUCCCUCUGGUGCCUGUGGAUGUCCAGCAGUACGAGAUGAGAGAAUCCGAGACACAACUUGCCAGUAUUCAGCCUGCUUCAUCCACGGAAGAUCUGGAGCACGAUCCGCUGCCGGCCGAGGAAGGACCUCCGGAUUACUUCCGCGACGAGACUCCUUCGCCUCCUGUGGAUGGCAAGAACAAAAAGGUCCCUCGCAAGAAGUACAUUGCAGCGGGUCUGUUUUCCGAUUGCUACAAGGACGAUGGCAAGACAUCCGGACGCAAUGGACCGAAAGUUCAACCGGAAUCUUUGCUACCUCCUCCAGCGUACUGCGAACGAUUCCUUCGACGAACGCAACGAGACUUCCAGCUUCCGUAUGAUCUGUGGUGGCUGCAUGAGAAUGGUAAGCUCACAGCCAGACAUGCCAUUGCCAGCUGGAACUAUCGAAAGAUCCGUACUAACGUGUACUACGACGUGAAGCCGAAUCCGUCCACGGAUCAUCCGCAGUGUAACUGCAAGCCGGAUAGCGGCUGCCAGGAUGACUGUCUCAAUCGGCUGGUGUUCGUAGAGUGCAGUCCGGAGAACUGCCCUUGCGGGGAACGGUGCAAGAAUACGAAGAUUCAGCGUCAUGAGUACGCUCCGGGGUUGGAACGAUUCAUGACGGAGCAGAAGGGUUGGGGAAUUCGAUCCAAGGAGGGCGUAAGGAAAGGGUUGUUCAUCAUGGAAUAUCUGGGUGAGGUUGUGACGGAGAAGGAGUUCAAGGAGCGCAUGCGGACGAUCUACCUGAACGACACGCAUCACUACUGCUUGAACCUGACCGGUGGACUGGUGAUUGACGGGCACCGGAUGGGAAGCGAUUGCCGUUUUGUGAAUCACUCCUGCGCACCGAACUGCGAAAUGCAAAAAUGGUCCGUCAAUGGCCUGUUCCGGAUGGCACUGUUUGCCUCGCGGGAUAUUCCGCCGUAUGAAGAGUUGACGUAUGAUUACAACUUUUCGCUGUUUAACCCGACGGAAGGUCAACCAUGCAUGUGCGGUGCGGAACAAUGCCGAGGGGUGAUUGGUGGCAAGUCUCAGCGAGUGAAACCUCUUCCGGUGGCGUCGGAAGCGAAGAAACAGGAAACGACUGUUUCAACGUCGACUACGGCAGCCGCUCCGACGGAACAUAGUCCACGAAGUGCAGCGCGCUCAAGGAAACGACAAGCGAAGAAGAAUGCUCCGCUGACUCAACUGAACGGCCAGCCUCUGCCAAAUUUUGUCCCGCCUACGGUGAAGGAGCGUGCGUUGAUCGUUGAACAUCACUGCUUCCUGAUGCGCAAUCUGAACAAGAUUCGGAAGCUGAAGGAUCGAUCACCGGAGCACUUGGCGUCUGGACAUUUGGGAAGUCCAGCAACGGGAGGACCGAAUGCAGGACAUGUGGCGCCAGGUGGAAAGCCAUCACUUGCGUCACAGAUAUCCGCCCUGAGAUGUCCGAGGAACAUCCGAACACGUGGCCUGGCCUUUGUCGAGGACGAUCCGGAGUUGGAGAAGGUCGCUCGUAUUGCCGUAGCACUGAAGGAGAUCUGCAUCGAGAUCGCUAGCUUGAAAGAUGAACGUGGCCAUUUGUACUUAAAUCGCCUGACCCUUCCCUCGAAGAAGAAAGUCCCGCUGUACUACGAGAGAAUCCCGCGUCCGAUCGAUCUGGCGCAAAUUCAGAGCAACAUUGAUCAAGGGACGUACAAACAACCGAAAGCAUUCGAAGAAGAUCUGCUGAUCAUGUUAAGCAAUGCGGUCAAAUACUACGGUAUCAGCUCUCCAGAGGGUGUGGCUUCCGAGAAGCUCAAGGAACACUACUACAUCUGCAAGCAACGGCAGGUGGACAGGCUGAUCGCGUACAUCGGUGAACAGAACGAACUGUUGAAGGGUUUCAUUCCGAAGUCGGAACCGGAGCCGGUUGUGCUGGUGAAGGGUCGUGGAAAGUUCAAGAAGCAAGAGCAAGCGGAAGACAUCAUCCGGUGCAUUUGCGGAUUGUUCAAGGACGAAGGACUGAUGAUUCAGUGCUCCAAGUGCUUAGUUUGGCAGCACAUCGAGUGUACGAAGGCGGAUCCGGCGGUGGAAAACUAUCUGUGUGAGAAGUGCGAACCCCGCCAGGUGAACUACGAAAUUCCGUUGAAUGAGUUCACCGAUGAAGGCUAUCAGUAUUACAUUUCGUUGAUGCGCGGUAACCUCCAGAUUCGCCAGACUGAUACGGUUUACGUAUUGAGGGAUAUUCCGAUGGCUCCGGAUCCAAGUAACCCGAAUGGGCCACCAAGGAAGCAUACAUACGAAACGAUCGGGAAGGUGGACUACGCCGAGUGCGACAUCUUCCGGGUGGAGAGUUUGUGGAAGGACAAGGAAGGUCGACGUUUCGUCUACGGUCAUCACUAUCUGAGGCCGCAUGAGACGUACCACGAGCCAACGAGACGGUUCUAUCCGAACGAAGUGAUGCGCGUUCCGUUGUUCGAGGUGAUACCGAUUGAGCUGGUGAUGGAACGUUGCUGGGUGUUGGAUCCGACGACUUUCUGCAAAGGUCGUCCCGUGGAUAGUUCCGAGCCGCACGUUUACAUCUGCGAACUGAGGGUGGACAAAAGUGCUCGGCUGUUCUCCAAGAUCUCCCGACACGCCCAUCCGGUGUGCAUGAAGUCCUACGCAUUCCACAAGUUCGAGCAGAAACUGAAGAUCUCCAAGACCUUUGCGCCCCACGAUCUGGGAUCUCUAGCGCAUCUGUUGGCUGCCAAGGACAACCGGAAGAAGAGCAAGAAAGACGACUCGGUAUCGUCAGCUUCCGCCACGCCGACCAGCACCGGGACCAAGAAGAUGACUCCAAUCAUUCAACUGCUACCGCCUCCACCGAAGACCCUCGCCGAGAAGCGCAACCGCCUGGAGCUGGUUCUGGGCCGGCUGAUGGCCAAACUGAACGCCAAUCCGGCGGCCCUUCCCGUGUUGGACAUCAGCUACCUGUUGACCGGCCGCGGAGCGAGACUUCGGCGCACCAUUGCCAACGCCACUCCCGUUCCGGCCAUUUGAGAGUGGGUCAAGAAGCGCAAAAAGCGCCGGAAAUGGAAACGCUGCUACGACUGAAGCCCGCCGCUGGACGUUUUGCAAUCAUCAUUCGUCAUUACUGUCGUCAUUGACGCGAGCAUUAUUUUGUACAUAUAGCAACCGCCUACUUGUGCACGAACUGGUUAAACAUAUUUUAUUUUCAUUUUUAAGGUUAUGUUUGUAGAUCAUUCAUUGACAAGCGCUAAGUUAUUUAAUUUAUUUAUGUGACCCAUAAUCGUGAAGGAAAACAGUUUUUGUUUAGAUCGAAGUUGUUUUGUUUCCCAUUGCUUAUUUUUUCACUAGUUAAAACCGUUGAGUUGACGCAUUAAACGAUUUCUGUUGAUCAAAGUAUAAAAAUAGUUGUAUGUAAUUGAGUAAAAUUCAAAAGCACAUUUCACUGUCCCGUCGACGAUGAUCCCCUUCAAGUAUUAACUUCAUUGCACCAAUUCUAGGCAAUUUUUGCACUUUCUACGAUACUUUUAAGAUGACCACAAGCAAAUAAUUUGAAGAUAAUCAAGAUUAAGCAAGAGAGUUUAUAUGUAGAAUAGUAGUUUUGAGUGCAAAACAAAAUAUGGACUGACAGUACAUGAUAUGGUUUAGGUAAAAUAUCGGAUGAAUUAAUAUAUUUGGAACAGAAAUCAGCCCGAAGGUAGGCAGGCAUAAGUGGAAUACAUUAAUAUUUUUACUUCUCGAAAGCUAUAAUAGGGAUUUUAAAAAGGCAAUGGAAGAAACUGUACUACACAUGUCAGAUUAACGUCUGUAAAACAAAGAGUGAAAUUUGGUAAGACAUUAUUAAGAGAUGAAUACACAUUGAAACUCAUAAUACUAGAUCUAUAGAAUCUUACGAACCUGAAGCAAGAUAGAUUGUCGAACAUUAGCACACCCGGGAUCCGAUAUAGAAAAUGAGAAUAAUAACACAAAUUAAUCUGA